AUGGCACUCAAGGCUUCAAAGGCGUCUUCCUCUCCUUAUUCCCAAGGGUUGACACCGCCUGAUAGUCCAACGACAGGCUCGGCUACGCGUCAAGCACGCGUGGAGGAUCUGAAGCAUCUCUUCGGCAUGUUUCUUGAAAAGGUGCUCGAUUCUACCAACCAAGAACCCCCAAACACUCCCGUCUCCCAGGACCAAUCCCUUCCAGGGCUCGACAAGGUUCGGCAGGCACUGGAAUGUGUUUCAGCUGAGCUUUCACUGGCAAAUAAGCCUGCUCAGUCUUCUGCAGGCGAUGAACGAGCCAAUGUUCCUGGGCCAGAUCGGUUUGACGCCGAGCAGCCCAUCUGUACAACACCUGAGGACUUCCAAUCAUUUGAGAAGUGGGCGUCUGCACCCCAAUUUAAGACAGUCAAGGAAAGCUGGGACAAAGAAGCAUGCAAAUACAAGAUCGCCGAACCGACCGAGAGCAGCGGCUGUCUGGAUGACUAUGCUGAAUAUGCAUUCGUUGUCCGUGAGCGCGUUGACCGAAAUUCCGAGGAGGUGACGCCGUACAUAGACAUCAAAUCGAAAGGCCUGCGUGACAUCCUGCGUGUGGUCCUGCACGGCGUCAAGGCCAUCAGCCUGGUGGAGGACAAGCCAUCGAUCGAGCAAAAGUUCCUUUUCCAUUUCCUACCGGAGUUAGACAAAUAUGCUGAAAAUACGAACAACUCUGACUAUGAAUCUCCAUGUCAGCACCUCCGCUUACUCAUAGACCACCUCAAGCAAGCAUAUUCAGCCAUCUCGCAGCGUCUCGAGUCAAUGUUGCAGCACGGUCACAUUACUUACGAUCUUCUCUGGGCGCUUUUCAAACCGGGUUCCCAUGUUUUUGCAACAUGCUUUGGUACAAAAGAACCACGGUGUGUCAUAUUCGACGCCGGGGAAGAGAUCACGAAGAACGAUGAGACGUGGUUCAACCUUGAAUGCCGUUUCAUUGAUAAUGACGGAGUCAAAUUCGGCGAGGCCGGUAUCUUUCUACGCGUGGCAAAGUUCCGAGGGUCGAAGCCGAUCGAGAGCCUUGAAGCCUUCCCUCUCCGCCACCAUCCAAGUCACGAGCAAGUCCGGAAAGACCUAGUCGGAAGAGGCCAAAAGUUUCUGGAAUUGGCCGGCUCGCACAUUCGGCACUGUGAAGGCAAUGCAUUCUUUAUGAACAAGGGAAGGGCUGUCAAAGUCAAGAUCGACAGUCGAGUCGCAGUGGACGCCGCAUUUUUCCAUGAAAUGCAGCCAAAUUACUCCCGACCGUCACUCCGUGACCUAGGGGUGAAAGAAAAAGAUGGCAUUCAAGUCUUUGAUAUUGACGCAAUGUUCACGGAAGACCGUGAGCGAGAGAAGGAGAGAAUGCGAGGAGACGGCGUAGAUGCACGAAAUCUGAGCGAAGCCGAUUUACUAGUCGCGUGCCCAACAGUUUGCUGUUUCAGUUUUAAGGAGAAAAUGUUCUUGGAGUGCGCAGUCAGUGCUCUUAGGGACAUUGAUUGGUCACCUGGAUCAUUCGAUUGUCUUCAGAUUCCAUCGAAUACCAAGACAAUGCUCUUGUCGCUGGCGAAAACGCGUUUAGGUCUUAUACCAACCGUACCUUUUGACGACGUGAUCAAUGGCAAAGGCCAAGGGCUCAACGUGCUGCUGAAUGGUCCGCCAGGCGUCGGGAAGACUUUUACUGUCGAGGCAACGUCGGAGUAUUUCGAGCGCCCUCUCUACUCGAUAUCUGCGGGUGAGCUUGUUGUCGACCAUGGGGACUCUCACGCACUUGAAUCACAACUUGAAAUCAUCUUCAAAAUUGCAAAGCAUUUCAAUGCCAUCCUUCUUCUGGACGAAGCGGAUGCGUUCAUGGCGAGUCGGACCGAGCUCCACGAUAGUCACAAUCGACUGGUCACUGUAUUCCUCCGAAAGCUUGAGUAUUAUCAGGGAGUGCUUUUCUUGACCUCAAACCGGGGUAUACACUUUGAUGAAGCAAUACUGAGCCGAACUCAUCUGGUAAUUGAGUAUGAGGGUUUAACAAGAGGCUUCCGCAGGGAUCUCUGGUUCACCUUCUUAGCCAAGGCCCGGACAAUGCAAGGGCCCGCGGUGGUUGAAGAGGACGACAUCCAGCAUUUGGAGUCUUUGGCUCUCAAUGGACGAGAGAUCAAAAAUAUCGCAGCAAUUGCACAUGCUCUCGCCGAGGCAGAUACAGCGCAGGUCAGCUAUAAGUAUCUGGAGUUAGCAGCGGAAUCAAACAAGAAGUUUGCCAAGGAAUUUGGCAGGAAGGGUCCUGUUGACGGAAUGUAUGUCUAA